AUGGUAAAUCUUUCUAGAGAGGAAGCACUACAAUGGUUAGAUAAAGCUUUUCCUUUACUCAUAGCAAGUAAAUCAGAACGAUUACAUUCAUCAAAUCAAAAUGCCAGAAUAGAUAGAAUAGAGUCGAAAGUAGAUGAAAUCGGUCAAAUAACAUCUCAAUUCAGGAGGAUGAUGCUUGAUAACAAAAAACCUGAUGAAGAAGGUAGAUAUAACAAGGAAGAGAAUAAAUGGCAUGCUCCAUCUCAGUCAGAAAAAAAAAACAGCGCGAGUGAAUUCAGAGAAUAUACAGAUGUACCAAUUAGUGUAAAGAACAAAAAUGAUAAGAUUGUUACAGCUACUGGAAAUUUUGCUUGUAUUAAUAAUGGUAAACCUGAACCAAUAUUAUGUUUAGGUAUGACAUGGAUUCGAAAAGUUCAAGGUAUUCUUGAUCCAAAUAAAAAUCAAUUUCGAAUGAAGUUACAUAGAAAGACUUACACUAUCUCAACUUUUAGCAAGACUACAGAGGUUAACGAACCAGAGCAACAAGUUUCAAAUAUGUAUGAUAAGUUAGAUAAUCUAAUAUCCCAAAUUAUUCGCAAAGAUAUUUCUCUUAAAGAAUCUAAGAUUAAGAUAAAAGAUCUCCUGUCUAAGAUAAAAAUAUUGGAAACAAAACUAUCUUCAACUCAGAAUAAAUCAAAGAAAAUUACAGCACUUCGGUCUAUAGAAAAAAUACUAGAAACUUUAAAAAUUAAUGAAAUUGAGUGUUUAGGCACUUUACGUUCUGCUUCGCAGAAAACAAAGGAUAUAUUGGAUCCUGUAAUUAGAGGAGAUACAGAAAACAAUAUGCAGAGUGAGAAACAAAGUUUCAUAUCGAAUUCUGAAGACACAUUGGAGGAAUCAGAGAUUCGAGACUAUGCCUCAUUUAAAAACAAAGCUAAUAAACAUGUUGCAUUUCAUUGUCAAUCUCAUUUAGCUAGUCCAACAUGGCCCUUUAGAAUGAUAGUUACAGAAAAAAGUAGAUCAGAUAGGCCUGAGGAUGAUUCACUUGCAAUUUGGCUAAGGUUUAAUACUUCACUAGAUUUGCAAAAAGAGAUGGAGUUAUGGCAAAAGCACAAGAUAAAAAACAUAUUACCUGCUAAACCUAUUUCAUAG